AUGAGUGAGAAGGGGGGCUCAAACUCUUCAGAAAACUGGUAUGAAAUGUGGAGCAUCAAUGACACAGAGCAGUAUUUGUAUUCAGAUGGCAACACAACGUAUGUGAACUAUUACCUUCAUGACCCUCAAGUGGCAGCCAUCUUCAUUAUUUCCUACUCUCUGAUCUUCUUCCUGUGCAUGGUGGGAAAUACAGUGGUUUGCUUUAUCGUAAUGAGGAAUAAACAUAUGCAUACAGUCACUAAUCUCUUCAUCUUGAACCUGGCAAUAAGUGAUUUGCUGGUCGGCAUAUUUUGUAUGCCUAUCACGUUGCUGGACAAUAUUAUCGCAGGAUGGCCAUUUGGAAGCACAAUGUGCAAGAUGAGUGGAUUGGUGCAGGGAAUAUCAGUUGCAGCUUCAGUCUUUACCUUAGUUGCAAUAGCAGUGGAUAGAUUCCGGUCUGUCGUCUACCCUUUUAAACCAAAGCUCACUGUCAAGACAGCAUUUGUCAUUAUUAUGAUCAUCUGGUUCCUGGCCAUCACCAUUAUGUUUCCAUCUGCAAUAAUGUUACAUGUGCAAGAAGAAAGAUAUUACCGAGUGAAACUCAGUUCCCAGAAUAAAACCAGCCCAGUCUACUGGUGCCGGGAAGAAUGGCCAAAUCAAGAAAUGAGGAAGAUCUAUACCACCGUGUUGUUUGCUAAUAUCUACCUUGCUCCGCUUUCCCUCAUCGUUGUCAUGUAUGGAAGGAUUGGGGUUUCACUCUGCAAGAGGGCUGAGGCGGACAGAGGCAAACAGAGCCAGGAGCGGUGUCACGUGGUGUCCAAGAAAAAGCAGAAGGUCAUUAAAAUGCUGCUGAUCGUGGCCUUGCUUUUUAUUCUUUCGUGGCUGCCUCUGUGGACCCUGAUGAUGCUCUCGGACUACGCUGAUCUGGCUCCGGAUGAACUGCGGAUCAUCAACAUCUAUAUCUACCCCUUUGCGCACUGGCUUGCUUUUUGCAAUAGCAGCGUCAACCCCAUCAUUUACGGGUUCUUCAAUGAGAAUUUUCGCCGUGGCUUUCAAGAUGCUUUUCACCUUCAGUUCUGCCAAAAAAGAGGAAAGUCCAAGGAAGUCUACGUCCAGACAGCCUAUAACCGAAGAGCUAAAAACAAUAUGGUUAUAAAUACGUUUCAUCAGUUACCCCAGGAAUCUACAACUCAAAACCUACACGAGAAAAGUUUCUUUUAUAGGAAAUGUGGCGAGAAAGCAAAACAGGAAUUAGUGAUGGAAGAAUUAGCUGAUACGACUAAUACUAAUAUUUAA